AUGGAGAACCAGAUCAAGUCGCUUACUGUGAAGAACGAACAUUUGGAGGAGGAGUUGGAGAAGUUGGAGUCUCAGUUGAAUGAACACAAGCAGUUGGCGGAGGAUUCUACUAAUUUGCGUUCGCAUAACGAGAAUUUCACCAAGAAGAACCAGCAGUUGGAAGAGGAGUUGGAGGAGAGUGAUACCAAGUUGAAGGAGACGCUGGAGUUGUUGCGGGAGACGGAUUUGAAGUCGGAGCAGUUGGCGCGGAAGGUUGUUUCGUUGGAAAACGAGGUUCAGGACUGGGAGACGAAGUACGAGGGGUUGCAGAGCAAAUAUGCGUCAGCCAAGGGUGAGUUGGAGGAGAUUACUGCUUCGUUGGAAAAUUUGUGA